ACUAACCUAAAAAUUACGAAAUUGACAGAUGUCAUGACAACAAUAGUGCCAUAAUAAAUUAAUUUUUUUUUAAGUAGAAAAAAUAUAGUCAAAAUGAACAUUAAUUAGUGAUAUUAUUAGCCGGAUAAUUAACAUCUAGAGGAAAAUUGCAAUUUCAUUAAAAAUGAAUUAAAAGUCAGAAAUUAGGAAUGAUUCGAAAUGUCAAUACCAUAACAGUUCUAUAGCUCUCUAGAAACAAUCACAAUGGUGAUUGUAACACGAUUUUCGCAAAAAUUAAAUCGCUCCUCAAUUCAUCAAAAUAAUGGCAUAAUUAUUUUAUGUUCAGUGUUAUUUUUAUGUAUUCUAAUUAUCAGCGCCUAUCAUGUCUUUCAAAUUGGAAAUAGACAACAAACAACAGUUUACCAGCCAUUGGUAUUAAACGAUUUAAAUGCAUUGCCAACGAAAAUAUUGGGCAGAGAUUUGCCCGAAGCCGAAGUAACGAAUUCUACCUGUAAUUAUUUUGGUUGUUUUAAUUUAUAUCGAUGUGGAACUCAAGGUAAUAAACUUUCGGUUUAUGUUUAUCCACCGAAAAUUUAUCUUGAUCAUGAAGAUCGUCCAGUUACAAGUCAAAUGACAAGGGAGUUUUAUCAAAUUUUAUAUGCAAUUACAACAAGUAAAUUUUACACUCCAAAUCCUCAUGAGGCUUGUAUUUUUGUUCCUUCAAUUGAUACGUUGAAUCAAAACAGAUUGAAAUUACGACAAGUCUCACAGACUCUUCAUUCUCUUGAAUUUUGGGAGAGAGGAGAAAAUCAUUUAUUAUUCAAUAUGAUAUCGGGAAGUGUUCCGGAUUUUAAAUCAGUGCUUGAUGUCUCAAUUGGAAGGGCAAUGAUCGCUGGUGCUGGAUUUUCCACUUGGACUCAUCGUCGUGGAUUCGAUAUUAGUUUACCAGUUUAUAGUCCUCUGGUAGAAAAUAUAAAACGAAAUUUCUCAAUAACGAGAAAAUGGUUAGUUAUGACUGCACAAAUUAACAUUAAUUCUGCCUUUGAGCAAGAUUUAUUAGAAAUUAAGGCUGCGCAUCCAAAGGAACUUUUAAUUCUCGGUCCAUGUUUACAUCACAAUCCAAUGAACAAUUCAAUUCGCUGUGUUGAAGAUCAAGUUUAUAAAUAUCCUGAUAUUUUGCAGAUGUCAAAUUUUUGCUUAAUAAUUCGAGGAGCUAGGCUCGGUCAAAGUGCCUUUUUGGAGUCGAUGGCUGCAGGAUGUAUUCCUGUAAUAAUUUCCGAUUUAUUAGUGAUGCCAUUUCAAGAAGUUAUCGAUUGGAAGAGAGCUGCGAUAUUUGUGAGAGAAGUUGAUAUUCUAAUGGUCGUAUCAACAUUAAAGAAAAUAUCCGAGAAGCGAAUAAUCGAAUUGAGAAAUCAAGUUUCUUGGCUUUAUAAAAAAUAUUUCGUAUCCAUGGGAAAAAUUACAGAAACCACAUUGGAAAUUCUUUCCGAUCGUGUAUUUCCACAUCUUGCGAGAGAUUAUAAUUUUUGGAAUGUUCCCAAACAUUUGAACAAUAAGUCACCAUUAUUUUUGCCCGUUACGGCGCCGAAAAUUCGUGGUUUCACUGCUGUUAUUUUGACAUAUGACAGAUUGGAACUUCUCUUUUCGUUAAUUAAUAAACUCGUCAAGGUGCCGAGUCUGUCAAAAGUUCUUGUCAUUUGGAAUAAUCAAAACAAAGAUCCUCCGCCUUCUUCAGCUUGGCCGAAACUUUUGAAACCAUUAAAAGUGAUUCGCACAAAGGAGAAUAAAUUAUCGAAUCGAUUUUAUCCGUACGAUGAAAUUGAAACUGAGGCUAUUUUAUCAAUUGACGAUGAUAUUAUUAUGUUGACCGCCGAUGAGGUUGAAUUUGCUUUUGAGGUUUGGCGAGAAUUUCCCGAUAGAAUUGUUGGAUUUCCAUCUCGAACGCACACGUCGGAUAAUGUGACUGGAUGCUGGAAAUACGAGAGUGAAUGGACCAAUAAAAUUUCCAUGGUUUUGACCGGAGCUGCAUUUUAUCACAAGUACUGGAGUUACUUGUACACAACGGCAAUGCCAGGCGACAUUAAAGAAUGGGUUGACGAGCAUAUGAAUUGCGAAGACAUUGCCAUGAAUUUUCUGAUCUCAAAUAUUACCGGAAAAGCUCCCAUUAAGGUGACACCAAAGAAAAAAUUUCGAUGUCCCGAGUGCACGAAUACGGAAAUGCUUUCAGCGGAUUUAACCCACAUGGUCGAGAGGACACAAUGUAUCAACAGAUUUUCUAAAAUUUAUGGCUCAAUGCCACUAAAAUCAAUUGAAUUUCGAGCUGAUCCGGUACUCUUUAAGGAUGUCUUUCCCGAAAAAUUGAAAAGAUUCAAUGACAUUGGAAGUCUCUAAACAAAAAAAAAAAAAAAACAAAACUAAAAUCUCAUUUCCAAAUAUUUACUUUUGCAAUUAUUUUUUCUACUUUUUAUAAAAAAAAUAAUAAUAAUUUAUUAUUCACUUUAUAUUUUUUUAUCAUUGUUUAUUAAAACAGUUUAAUGUGUAUUAUAAUUUACUAACAUUAAAUUGUAAAUUAAUAUCAAAUAAAUAUUUUCUAUUGUUGUUAAUGUUAA